AUGAAUACAAUGGCUCAUGUGGCGGAGUCAACAACGAUUUUCUUUGUCAUCGCCGUGGCGUAUGAAGUACUUGGAGAUGGUGUAAGGAAAGACUCUCGAGCUGCAGCUGCAUCUGGGAUGUAUUCUACAGUGAUGAAUUCCGGAUUGGGAGGUGGUUCUCUCAUUAGCAGUACAAAGGAAAUUAUAACCAGUCCUGCUAUCGUUUCAGCACCCACAACCACAGUAAUCGCUGGCCAUAGUCUAUCCAGUGGUGCAGCUUUGAACAAUGCCGCUGCAGUAGGGGCGGCUCAACUUAGUGCCAUUCAGAACGCUCAAGCAGUUCACGCCGCACAAAUAGCGAACGCUGCCGCCGCUGCUAUACAAGGCGCACGAGUUGCGGAAGCCGAAGCCCGUGCCAGAUACGCCAACGCGAUUCAAAACGCCCAGGCCUUAGAUACUCAACGUGUUGCAUAUUUACAGAGAGCACAAGCCGCUGCAACGGAGAAUGCUAAAGCUACUGAAGCUGCAAGAAGAGCAGCAGCCGCAAGUGCUCUUGAACUCGCUCGUGCUGCAGAGGCAGAGCGAAUGGCCAACGCUGCACAUGUCCAGGCCAUUGCGUACGCCAACACUAGGGCUAUCGAAGCUUCCCGUAUUGCUAACGCAGCGAGGGCUCAAUCUGCGACUGUAGCAACAAGCGCUGCACAGGCACAAGCUGUUGCCGAUGCUGUAGCUAGGAACACGCAAGAAGGUCUUGUUGUUAAUAGUGGUUCUCACGUUGUUGGCUUUGCACCAGCGGCGGCUGGAGUUGAAGUCGGACAUUCCUGGGGAAUAAGUAGCGGCGCGCUGUUAAGCAAGCACUAG